GAGACACCUUAGUUGAACAGCCAAGGAGACAGGAGCUGAAACUGGGUAUUCAGGAUGAGGCUGACUCACCUGCUGGUCCUUGCAGCCCUUUUUGUUGGAGGUGCCUGCCAGUACACCCAUGGAUAUUUCAAUUGGCUUGCACGAAUUAUGGGAUAUUCUCGGUAUUACAGUAAUAAAUAUUAUGGGACUGAGCAUGAGCCUCCAUUGGCAACCAACUGCCCUGCUGAAUGCACCUGUCCAUCUAUUUUUCCCAGAGCUAUGUACUGUGAUACCCGUAGGUUAAAAUAUAUCCCCGAUGUGCCAGCCCGGAUGAAAUAUGUUUACCUGCAGAGCAACCAGAUCGACGCUGUACCAGAUGGAGUCUUUGACAAUGCUACUCAUCUUGUCUGGGUUGUCCUCCAUUGGAACAAAAUCUCCAGUGACAAGAUAGGUGCAAAUGUAUUCUCCAAGCUGACAAGCCUGGAGAGAAUGUACUUGGGACAUAACAAUCUGACCAAGAUUCCCUUUCCUUUGCCAAAGUCACUGAGGGAACUGAGAGUUGCAGGAAACAAGAUUUCAACUGUUCAACCCAAUGUACUAGAAGGUCUCGACAACUUGACUAAGCUACUGCUGAAUGACAAUGAGCUGGAAGAUAUCGGAGGCUCUCUCAGAGUUUUAAAGUCUUUGUCUUACUUGGAUCUCAGCAACAACCACUUAAAAAAACUCCCUGAAGUACUUCCAGAUUCACUGCACCAGCUCUACUUGGACUUCAAUCACAUCAGCUCAAUUCCUACUGAGUACUUCCAACAGUUCCCUAAACUUCAAUAUGCACGGAUCUCAAACAAUGAGCUAACAGAUAAUGGGAUACCUUUAAACACAUUUAACGUGUCCAAUUUAAUUGAGUUAGAUCUCUCCCAUAAUAAACUGCAGAAGAUUCCUCCGGUCAAUGAGAACUUAGAACACCUGUAUCUACAUGCCAACAAAAUCAAAGAGUUUACUGUGGACAGCUUCUGUAGAACCAGGGGAUUAAUCAGCUUCUCCAAGAUUCAAGUGCUUCGACUGGAUGGCAACAGCAUCAAGCAAGAUAAUAUUCCACAAGAAGUAAACAGCUGUCUUCGCCAAGCAAGAAUAAUAAACAUUUGAUGUGUAUUCAUAUAUCUUAUUACAAUGCCCAUUUACACAUGUAAACUUCCUUCUACAGCUGGAGUAUAUAAUGACUAGGCAUCCAGCUUCUUCAGAGGCUUCACUUGUAUCUUAUUUCUCUCGUGAUUUAGUUAGUGAUUUGUUGUAGCAAGAUAGAGAGCUAUUCCUCCAUGGAUCAACUGAACAAAUUAUUCCCAUUGCAUCUGAAACUUUUUCUUCAGCAUUACAGUGCUUUGGCAGAAAAUCAAGCCAAGCGUACUUCAUGAUCUGUUACAGAAUAUGCCACCACGCCAAGUCACUCAUUACAUUGCUCCCUCUGCUGUUUAUUGGGCUGAAAAGGAUGAGCUUCCACUCAGCUGCAGGCAGCUAUUAAGCCAACUUUAUUUACACCUCCCAAACAGCGAAGGCAACACUAAAAGGGCAGUAUAAUAAUACGCUCAGCUCUUGCAACAUCUAUGCCCUGAUCUCAGGAAUUUUCAUCGAAACAUUUAUUAGCUUAAUGCUUUGAAUUGCCAUCCACUAAACUAUAAAAGACACCAAAACUUUACCUCUGGUUUAGAUACAAUCUAAUAAAGCAUGAUACCAAUUGGCUGAUUUCUGGAGGCCAUCAUGUGUCAUAGUUUUGGAAUGAUGUGGAGGUGCAGGUGUUGGACUGGGGUGGACAAGGUCAGA